AAUGCUCAACAAAGUGCUGGAGUCGAAUAUGUUGAAAGAUACCGACAACUGGAGGCAGAAGAACUUGAUGCAUUAGACAGCAGUUGUCCUCUCUGUGAACCAGCUCCAUUUCAACUGCCUCAGCUUGAACCCACUCCUGUGACUUCUAUAUCAGUUGGCAAAUACAAAUAUCCUGACUUGCCCAUAUCAAAAUACAAGGAAGAGGUUAGCUUAGAAAAAGUUGCAUCAAAGGACACAAGAUUGAUCUAUAUGACAACUGGCGUUCUCCUUCAGAAAGUAGUUGGGGCCAAAAGUCUUUCAGAGUUCACUCAUAUCUUCAUAGAUGAGGUACAUGAGCGUACUGAAGAAAUGGAUUUCUUGCUUUUGGUGGUUCGUAAACUAUUGCGCACCAAUUCAAGAUUUGUGAAGGUAAUUCUGAUGUCCGCGACAAUCAACUGUCAAGAGUUUGCCGACUACUUUGCCAUUCCAGUACGCAACAGACUACAUCCAGCCUAUGUGUUCAAAGUGGAAGGCAGGCCCCAUGCCAUUGAAGAAUACUACCUUGAUGACCUGAAGCAUAUUUUCAGUAAUAUCAGGAUUCCCGCACAAAUUGUUGAGGAGCCUGUGAUAAAUGCAGAAAUGUACAAAGCUACAGUCACUCUGAUCCAGUGGUUUGAUGAGCUGGAAAUGAAGGAGAGUGGUAUUGGGCCAGAAAACUAUAGUCUGGACUUUGUAUCUGAUCGUGGCAGUGUGUUGGUAUUUUUACCCGGUUUGGCAGAAAUAAACUACAUGCAUGAGCUUCUCACGAGCAUGGUUCAUAAAAGGUUGCAAGUAUAUCCACUCCAUUCUAGCGUCACAUUGGAAGAACAGAACAAUGUGUUCUUAGCUCCAGUUCCUGGUUACCGAAAAAUCCUUCUGUCUACAAACAUAGCUGAGAGCUCUGUAACAGUUCCCGAUGUCAAAUAUGUCAUCGAUUUCUGUUUAACAAGAACUUUAGUUUGUGACGAAGAUACCAACUAUCAAAGUUUAAGGCUAUGCUGGGCUUCUAAAAACAGCUGUAACCAGAGGAGAGGUCGAGCUGGCCGUGUUUCCAAAGGAUACUGCUACAGGCUGGUCUGCAAAGACUUCUGGGUGAAUGUCAUACCUGAGAGCACUGUACCUGAGAUUAUGCGAUGUCCUUUGGAAAGUACGAUAUUGAAGGUGAAACUGCUUGACAUGGGAGAACCAAGAGCUUUGCUAGCAACAGCUUUAUCUCCUCCCAGUAUAAGUGACAUUGAACGCACCAUUCUACAACUUAAGGAGAUUGGAGCACUUGCUAUUGGUGAACGUUCUGGACAAGAAAACCCUUAUGAUGGUGAGCUGACCUUCCUUGGAAGGGUAUUGGCACAGCUACCUGUGGAUUGGCACCUUGGCAAAUUAAUUGUUCUUGGCAACGUCUUUGGUUGUCUGGAAGAAUGUCUAAUAAUAGCUGCUGCCCUUUCUUUGAAGAACUUCUUUGCAAUACCUUUCAGGCAGCAUCUCGAUGGAUACAGGAAUAAAAUGCAUUUUGCUGGGAACAGCAAGAGUGAUUGCAUUGCGCUUGUUAAUGCCUUUAAGGAAUGGCAGUUAAACAAGCAACAAGGAAAACUUAGACAUCCCAAGGAUGAACUUGACUGGGGCCGUUCCAACUGCAUUCAUAUCAAGAGAAUUAGAGAGGUGGCUGAAUUGUAUGAGGAGUUGAAAAAAAGAGUCCAAGUAUUUAACAUGAACGUCAACCCCCAGCCACCCAGCAAGGAUCCUGAGCAAAUGUAUAAGCAGCGCUUCAUUUUGCAGGUGGUAAUGGCUGGAGCUUUCUAUCCAAAUUAUUUUACUUUUGGAUACCACGAUGAAGAAAUUGCUGCAAAGGAGCUGUCGGGCAAAGAUCCCAAAACAACUGUUAUGCUGAAGAACAUUCCCCCUUAUGGCUUCCUCUACUAUAAACAGCUGCAGUCCCUGUUUAGACAGUGUGGCCAAGUAAAAUCCAUUACCUAUGAUGGAUCCAAAGCCUUCAUAGAGUUCUCCCGGAACCCGACAGAUGGUUUUAGAACUCUUCCUGCAGUCUACAUGGCCCUCAAGAUGAAGCAGCUGCGGACUCCACUCAUACUGAAUGUACAUUUCCCAGAGGAGAUUGAGGGGGAAAUGAGAGGAACCACCAUGAUGGUCAGGGGCACACGAGUGAAUGUGGACUUCCAGAAGCAUACAGUAGCUCCCGUGCAGAAGUUCUUGGAUGCAUUGGAACAGAAGACCAUAACCAGCCUCCACUUAUCUAUCAACGUUACAGAGGUAGUAGAGGUUGGGCACUUCUGGGGCUACAGAAUAGAUGAAAAAAAUAUGAGUCUGCUGAAAAACAUCACUGCUGAGAUCAACCAGCUGGACCUGAGCCCUUUGCCAGUUCGUCCCUACCCAGAUUUGGUUUGUUUGGCCCCAUUUACUGACUGGGAGCACGAGAGAUACUACAGAGCCCAAGUACUGUUUGUGUCUGGGGAGAGUGCCGAGGUUUUCUAUGUAGAUUACGGCAAUAGAUCAAGAGUGGCUUUGGACCACUUACGAGAGCUUCCAAACCACCUUCGAGAGCUUCCUUUCCAGGCAUUGGAAUUCAAGGUGCGCCGAAUACGGCCCUCCGCCCACUCUCGUGUCUGUGGAGAACAGUGGAGUUACGCAGCAAGCCAAAGAUUUGCUUCCUUGGUCAACGGCUGUGCUCUGAUGGUGAAAGUCUUUUCAAUUGUGCAUGGUAUCUUGCAUGUGGAUGUGUUCCGGUAUUCAGGAGUUGUGGACAUUGUGAACCUCCGGGAUAUACUUAUUCAAGAAUGCUAUGCUGAGUUAGCGGAAGAUUCCUAUGAAUCAAAACUAAGCAAUGAAAGUCUCAAGGAGCUGUGUUCAAAGCCAGAAGAGAGAAAAGCGGAAGGAGCCGAAACUCUUCAGAAUAGUUCACAAGAAGAAGAGGAGAAUCUGAUUCAGAUGUUGCUGGAGAACUAUUCAGCCAGUAGGUUUAGUGCACCAAACUGCAAGGCAACACUUUUUGGCCCAUUUAACCCUUAUAUUUUGGAAUUCAGCAGUGUGACCAGAAUCUCCAAGUUCAGAACUGUCUCAGUAGAGAAGGAGAGUGUAAACUCUGUUGUUGUUAUAGAUGCCCCUGAGGAUUUAUUUCAGCAAAUGUUGAUUGCUGCCUCCGUAUCAAUAAAUACAACAGGAUCCACAAUGUUGCUAAGGGAGACUUCUCUAAUGCCACACAUUCCUGGACUCCCAGCAUUACUUAGUAUGCUGUUUGCUCCAGUUAUAGAUCUCAGGGUUGAUGAAAGCAGGAGGCGAUAUAUUGGUGUGCUUUGUGGUUUGGGAUGCAACCGUACCCUGAGAACCCCAAUCUUUCCAGACCAUGACAUGGAGCUUGCAUUUGAUGUACAGAUUGAUGUGGAUGAUUUAACACAGAUAAACAUUCUGAGGACUGCCAUCAACAAAUUAGUCUGUGAUGGCUCAAAUGGCCUGCUACGUAUUGGCCAGGAGAGAAUUGCCCAGCUACAGAAUGCGGCUCGUCAGAAGCUUUUAAAACUGAUUUGCAAAUCAAAGCCUCGUGAAGUAAUUUCUCCUGUCUUUUAUGCAAAGCCGUAUGAAUGGAAUCAGCUGGCGUCCAACCUUCUCAUUGACCAGUCUGAACUUCAAGAUGCAAGAGGGAAAAGUGCCUUCUUAUACCGGUUGCAUAAGUUGGUUUUGUUAAAUAACUAAAGCUCCAGUGCUAAGCAUGUUUACUGGAAGGAAGUCCCAUUGAAAUAGCUGGAAUUUAUUUCCACAUUAGUGUAUUCAGAUUAAGUUUUCACAGAAGGCUAGUUGUGAAGCACAGUACAAAAGAAAUGUUUUUUAAAAAAAUUAAUGUGAAGUUUUUAAGUUUAACUAUAUGUUUUCUGACAAAUUUGUUGAACCUAAAAAGAAUCCAAGUAUAUGCAUUAUUAUGCCUGUAUUUAGAAUGACUAUGUUUAAACAAAGAAAAAACAGACAUAUUUUGCUAUGGUUAUGAGUUGCAGGAUAGCCUUGAAAACAUGGUUACUUACGAGGGAGACCAAGUGAAACGAAUGUAAUUUAUGCAACAGCUUCAGUUUAACUCUUUAGUUGAACAUUGCUACAGCUGGGUUCAGACAUAACAGAAAGCCACAGAUUGCUCCUAUGGGAACAAGUUCCUGUCGGCCACAACCUUCUAUGUUCUUCUCUCUCAAAGGCUUUCUAGAGUCUAGACAACAGUAAAAUAUGCUAUAAACAGAACUUGUGGCCUGGGAACCUAUGGAGAAUCCACUCCCACAGGUUCUUCUUGUCCUCUGGGAUCUGACAGAGAAUUGGGAAGAACACUCCUGGUGCAAUUUGUGUUGCACCCCCUACUGGAUUUUUGUGAUUUACAAAAAUGCUCUUGCUUUUCAUGAUUAACUCAACCCUUUUUGAACAUUUUUUUUUUUGCUGGGGCAGGGGGAGAACUGAAUUAAUCACGAAAAGCAAGAGCUGGUCAGCAGGGGAAGCAGAGUAAAGAACGUUGGGAGUUUUCUUCCCAUGUGACCUCCAUGUCAGAUACCAGAAGAAAAGACAGCGGCAGUCUGCAGGAGGGUCUGAAUUCCCUCUAAGCUUGAUUCACAAGCUCGGUUUGUAGUGUGUUUUACUGCUGUCUAGAAAGCCUCUUUCUCUUAAGCAUGUGAAAGGAGAGUGAAAGUUUCUGCUUUCAGUUUGAACCAACCACAUUCCUGCUCAGAACUGUGGCUUAUUCAAACUGCAUGUAGAGAAAACAACGAUUAAAGUAGCUUCCAAUCUAGUUUUGUUCCCUUGAAAAAGGAGGAGCAGGGAAUGCACAAACCCAUGGCUUGCAAAGUCUCAUUCUCCUACUGGCAAACCAUGGUUUCCAGUUGCAUCUGGACUGAGCAUAUGUUGGCUUUUGCCUUUGGAUUAAAGUACACUGGAAAUUCUAAGUGUUGCAUUCAAUAUUUAUUUUCUGUUAGCUCUAUACCAAAUUUCUGUUCAAUAAAAUAAAGUUAUUGAAUAUAA